AUGGAAGCUGCAACUCUGCCGUCAACUGCAAUUGUACAGCGAGGAAGAAAAGUUUCGGGUCAAAUCCCUGUCCGAGGAUCGAACGACCCUGAGAGGAUACUCGAGAUUUAUGUGGAACAGAGUCACCCUGGGUCAACCACUUGGGAUAACAUAACACUCCGCAUCAGAGGCGCCACCAAGCUUCUGGCGCAAUGUAAGGCUACUACCACAUGCCGCUCCUUUCUCUCCACAUAA